AGCUACUAUCUGAUUGAUGUCAAGUACGUUUGCUGGGUUCACUGCUCGGUUCGGCAUCCCUAGUUUCGUGGCCGGCCUGAUAGUCGGUGGGGCUGGCAUGAGUCUCCAACAGGGACGCUACUUGGCCGACAACAAGAAGAAGGAGGAAGGAGGGGUGGUUGAUGAUGAGAAGCAUUACCCCUCGUCGAAGUUGCCUUCACAAGAGCACAUAUUAAAACGACAAUCGUAUGUGUCUAGUGUGAACUAUGCUACUAAAAUACCCAAUUGGGUAGCAGAAGCAAUAACGUACAAGAGUGUGACCAGUAAGAAUGCUGAUCGGUCAAGGGCUUCCUUCAAGGCUGAUAAUGAGGUUCCCGAGAUGUUUAGAGCAUCUAAUGCUGACUAUUGGGACUCGGGUUGGUCACGAGGGCAUCUAUCUAUGGCUGGGGCCCAUAAAGAUGACCAGAAUGCUCAGAAUGACACCUUCCUCUUGAGUGGCAAUAUCGUACCUCAAGACCUUAGUAUGAACGGCUCGGAUUGGCUUCGACUUGAAUAUUUGACAUUGGACUUGGCAAGGGAGCAUGGACCGGACUCUAAUGAUGUCGUUUAUGUGGUCUCUGGUCCGUUGUGGAUGGCAGACUCGCCUGAUGAGAAGCUCACCAAGGAGAUUGGUGCCAAACCCCAUACUAAGGUCCUCAAUGAUGGUAGUAAUGGUAAGCCCAAGCGUUAUGUUGUAAAGUAUGAGGUCAUUGGUGACAAUGAACUGGCCGUCCCCACUCACAUGUUCAAGGUUGUCUAUGACACCAAGACUAACUCUUCAGCGGCAUUCAUCAUGCCGAACACGCCCAUUAGAUAUGAGAAAAACCUAAAGCAAUAUCAAGUGCCAAUCGAGAGGGUAGAGAAAGCUACUGGACUUGACUUGUCUGCUAUGAAGAAGGGCACCGAUCUGUGCGGUCCUGAAAGCCGUUGUGUUAUGAAGGGUGGUAGACGGAUAAAUUCGUGGAGGAUCUACGGCAGCAUUCGGGCAAGUGCCAAAGAGAAGGAGACUUUCGUGAGGAGGGUCAAGCGAGCGAUAAAUCAUAAUUACCUGACUGAUGAUAACUUCCUUUUGACGAAGAUGAUUAGGGAGGAGAUGGUUGCCCACCAAGGUGUCACCGACCCGGUGGAGUUACUCGGACCAGGAGAAUAUGCUGAUAAACUACAGGAGGCUUUCGAUAGACUAGACGCUCGAGAUGCCGAGAGGAAGAAGAAGACUAUGAAGGAGUCUGCUUGA